AUAUCAUUUUACAGGUUUUGUCACACAUAGUAAAGUCAAAGCUAGCUGACAAGAAUGCCUGGUAUACCUCUAGAGGAUCGUGAAACCAUGAAUUCUAUUUGCAAUGUUAGUGAAGAUCAGAUUUGCAGCCAAGAUUCUCGUCCACAUUUGUCCGAGGAAGAGGAAAUUGCAGCGCAGGGAGCUGUUUCAAUUUAUUGCCCGCAUUUAGAAUUCUAUAAUAUUCUUCAACGCCGUGCAAAAGAAACAAAUCCAUCAUUUCUUCAAAGAUGCAUGCGGUACAAAAUACAAGCAAAGUCCAAAAGCAGGAUCCAGAUGUCAGUUUCUGUUACAGGGACUCUGAUGAAUGGAGUUCACUCUCAAAAUCUUCUUCCCAUAUGCAUUAUGUUGGCUAGGCCAGUUGCUGACUUUGGAGCUUCAGAGAAUUUUUCUGCAGUUUAUCACUUUAAAAGACCAUUUAUCCUAACUAAUUCAAUUGGUACUGAGGGGAUGAAACAUACUCAAGCAAAGUUUACUCUCCCAGAUAUUAACAAGUUGGAGGGGAAGAUUAAAUCUGGGUCUCUCUGUAUUCUGUUUGUAAGCUUAGCAAACAUUGAAGGACACUGCCUAUUUGCUAGAGUACCCUUGGAAGAACUUUAUUUGUCAUGGGAAAAGUCACCCAACUUGACUUUAGGAGAGAGUGUAGAGAUGAUGUCAACUAUUGAAAUGCACUCUUCAUUCAUGAAGUUAAAUUGCACAGGCGAGGACAAAAAAUAUAUUUCCUUUCAGAACCCUUGCAACGCUGGACCUGUGCCUGCGCCACAGCAAGUGGAAAUUAUUAUUUGUGCAGAAGAAGUCGGUGCAAAAGACAAAUCCCCUUACGACUCAUACACAUAUGACAAUAUUCCUAGUACUUCAUUGUCACAUAUUAAGCGGUUGAGAAGUGGUAAUGUAUUGUUCAACUACAUGUACUGUGACAAUAAGUUGCAGAGGACUGAAGUUACAGAAGACUUCUGUUGUCCAUUUUGUUUGGUUAGAUGCGCUAGUUUUAAGGGUUUGAAAUACCACUUACCCUCAUUUCAUGAUCGGUUCAACUUUGAGUUUUUGGUUACGGACGAUGCUCAAGCUGUGAAUCUAUCUGUGAAAAAAGGUUUCUGUCCACUUCAGGUUGAUGAUCUUUGGCAAUCUACUUUUUUCUUUUGUUCAAAGCCAUUGAGACGUAGAAAAGCAACAUACGUUGUCAUGGAUUCCAACACUGCAGCAGCAGUUAACGAAGUUUGCAACAAGGCUGAUGGUAUUAUAGAGCCCUCGGAUCAUGAUAUACCCAGUCCUGAUGCCACAGGGAUGUCAACAGCUAUGGCCCAUUCACACUCGUAUGCAGACCCUGAAGGUAUCCAAUCAAAAGCUGGGAGCAAUCUUGGACCUCCUGCCAUGGCCCAUUCAAAGUCGAAAAAAUCGUCCAUAGAGCGUUCUGACCCAAGAAAUCGCGCACUUUUGCAGAAACUGCAGAAACGACAAUUCGUCCACUCUCAAAGAGCACAGCCUAUGGCACAGGAGGAAGUUUUAUCAGACCACGACAGUGAGGGUGAGGUUGAUGGAGAUGUUGCUGAUAUUGAAGAUAGAAGGAGGCUUGAUGAGUUUGUGGAUGUUACCAAAGAUGAAAAACAAAUGAUGCAUAUGUGGAAUUCCUUUGUGAGGAAGCAGCGAGUAUUGGCGGAUGGUCAUAUACCUUGGGCUUGUGAAGCAUUUUCAAAAUUGCAUGGUCAAAAUUUAGUCAAAGCGCCUCCACUGCUAUGGUGCUGGAGACUAUUUAUGAUAAAACUAUGGAAGCAUGGGUUGCUUGAUGGACGGGGCAUGAACAAUUGUAACUUAAUAAUUGAACAAUUCCAGAAGCAAGAUAGGGAUCCUAUGAAGAACAAAGAUUAACAGAAAAAGCAAGGAGUUCUAAUAUUCUAUUCAAAUUCACCUUAUGCAACAGGAGUUCUGCAAAAUUCAAGGCACCAUUGAAAAUAAGAUGCUUUGAUACCAGAUGUUAUGACCCGAAUAACAAGACAUAAAUAAUAUAGAAGGGAUAAUGGAGACAAGGAGAAAGAGAUAGGAGAUAGAGAGACAAAGGACGAUUGAUUGAACAUCGAAGGCCAAAUAGGCAAACAAUAAUAAGAGAGAAAACAGUACGAUAGUCGUACUUAGGGGUGCACAAGUUAACCGAUCCGAACCAAAAAAGCCGAAACCCGACUAAACUGUGUCAAAAAUGGUGUUUUCUUGAAAUAAAUCGAACCGCUGGUUUGGUUGAGGUUUGGCCGAGUGCAUAUCCUCCCCAGAUCGAACCUGAAACACAUAAAACGAAGUCGUUUGAGGACCUUUUUUUUCUUCGGUCUUUAAUCUUUAUUUUCUUUCCUUCUUUAUUUCAGCUUCAGAGACAGUCUUCAAAGAUCGCGACUCGUGGUUCGUCUCGUCUAGCCCUACUACCCUAGCGCAAUACGUGAAUACCAAUUGUCUUCUCGUCUUCAAGUCGGCUUCAAAAAUCAGGUUCAGCUAACUCUUUCUUAGAUUUAGAAAUCAUAAUAGAAGGAAGGAUUUACCCAAUUAAGGAAGUUCAAAUCUAAUGUCUAAUUCUUAAUGUUCUGUAAGGUAUUUUUAAGUAUAAAAUCUGCAAUAUAUUCUACUAUUCCUAAUAAACAAAAUUUCCUUCAUACAUAUUUUUAGGUUUUCUAUUUUAGAUAUUCAACUGCAGUUAUCUACUUGUCUUAAGAAUUCUCUUAAGAUUUCUGUACAGUUGCAGCAAACUAUCAAGAGUAAAUUUAAUUUUGCAGAAUCAACUAAAGAAUUUUGCCUUUUUUUCGUCUUCCUCGUAAGUCCCUCACUAUCUAUCUUAAUUGUUGAAGUGGUUUAUUAUUGAUUAGUUUAUGUUUUGUUAUUUCAGUUGAUUAGUUAACAAACUUUAUACUUUGUUAUUAGUUUGUUUAAUGAACUAACAUCUGUUUUUCUCAAAAAAAUAUAAUCAUCUGUAUAAAGGAAAAUGACUGAUGUGUGAUUUUAAUUUAUAUUUAAUAUUUUGAUUCAUGUUUUUCACAUACUUCAGUUGGUGUCCUAUGCAAGGUAAUCUUUACUUACAUGCUAAAUGACUUUGUUGAUAAAAAUAAUUUGUUUUAAAAUAUAAAAAGAGACAUAGAUACUGACAUAUGUACUGUAAUAGGAAGUAGAAAUUUAGAGGUGGUUUGUUAUGAAAAUCACUUACUUUUUUAUUUAUAUUAGUAUUUAUUUUAUUAGGGUAUAUUUGAGAUGGAGAACAAAAUAAGGUGGUACUUCUAUAUAUAAAUUCAAAUCUUUAUUAUAGUGGUGUACAAAUGGAAAAAAUGGAUAAUAUAUUUGGAGUUUAGAAACAUUUUACAGAUUAAAAGUUUCUGAUCCAACAUUAUAAGUUUCUAACUUUACAUAAUAGGAUUAUAUAUUAUUUGUUGAGUCACAUGCUGGUGCAUCACAUUAAUGGAAGCUAAGAUGAAGAGGAAUCAUCAAUUGCUCAAAAGAAAAGAACAACAAUA